AAUAUUUGAACAAAUCUCCUUUUCUGUCCUUGAUCAACAUCAAUUGCUUUCACAACUAAAUUUGUUUUAUUUAUCUGAGUGCUGAUUUGCUUAUUAUUUUUUUGGACUAAUUGCUAUUCUAUCGACCUUUAUUUGAACCAGUGGUUCCUCUUCUUUAUUUGCCAAAAUGUCAUCUGAUAUCAGCUCAUUGAAAUUAGAUUCUGUUCUUCAAAACCUUCCUGACGAUAUUGAAAAGGGAGGCGUAAUAUCGGCUACCUCAGUGAUACAGCAAAAGGCUGCAGAGGUUCGCAAUGUUCGGGUAAACUGGCAUUUCUAUCGAUCGGGUGAUUUCAUUUCCCAACAAGAAUUUGACUGGAUUGUUAAAUAUGAAAGCUUGGAGACUGCUGAAGCUAGAGAUGAAUUCUUCAAGAAAGAUGCUAUGCUUUGUGCUGAAGUAUUCCUAAGCUUAUUGGAAAAACUGUCCAAGAAUCAAGCUACUCAGUAUAUUCUCAUCCUUAUCGAUGAUAUGCUGAAUGAAGACAAAUCUAGAGUUGAGAUAUUCAAAGAAUACUGUAGGAAAAAAGGUGGUGCCAAGAAAAAGAGAACAAUUUGGAGUCAUAUGGAACAUCAAUUGCAGAAAAGUGACGGUCUAAUCCAAAACAUGGCAUCCAGAAUAAUUACCAAGAUUGCAUGUUGGUCUAAAGAACUGAUGGGAGAAACUGAUCUUCAAUUCUACAUUUGUUGGUUGUUGGAACAGUUGAAAUUACCUAAUAAUGAAUAUCUAGGUUCAAUUGCCAGAUGUCUUCAGAUGAUGCUGAGAAUUGAAGAGUAUCGUAAGCUAUUCAUAUCAACUGAAGGUAUACCAACGAUCAUCUCAGUUUUGUCCAACAGAGUUAACUUUCAAAUACAAUAUCAGCUUACUUUCUGCCUCUGGCUCUUGUCAUUCCACCCAUCGACCUCAGAAAAUAUGUCAAAAAACAAUGCUAUUCCUGCUCUUGCUGAUAUUCUUAAUGAAUCAGUGAAAGAAAAAGUAACCCGAAUAAUUUUGGCAACAUUCAGAAAUCUUAUUGAAAAGCCUGAAGAUCCUGAAGUGUCACGAGAUAAUGCUAUUACCAUGGUUCAAGGUAAAGUUCUAAAACAGUUGGAUAUUCUCAAGCAAGCGAGUAAUAAAUACGAGGAUCCUGAUCUCUUAGAGGAUAUUGAAUUUUUAUAUGAAAAAUUACAGUCAUAUGUUAGCGACCUGUCCUCAUUUGAUGAAUAUUGUAACGAAGUUAAAUCUGGACGAUUAGAAUGGAGUCCUGUUCAUUCCAAUGAAAAGUUUUGGCGAGAAAAUGCUUUACGAUUGAAUGAAAAGAAUUAUGAAUUGUUAAAAAUAUUGAUCAAAAUAUUGGAAACCUCCAAAGAUUCUCUAGUCUUGAGUGUAGCAAUCCACGAUAUUGGUGAAUACAUUCGUUAUUAUCCCCGAGGUAAAACAGUUAUUGAAAAUUUGAAUGGAAAAUAUCUCAUCAUGCAAUUGAUGGAUGAUGCUGACCCCAACGUGAAAUAUGAAGCUUUGCUCUGUGUACAAAAGUUGGUCGUUCAUAACUGGGAAUAUCUUGGAAAACAAUUGGAGAAAGAAAAAGAUGGACAAGUCGCAGGCAAGAAGCCAAUUUCAGUGAAAUGAUGAGAUCUCCCUGUUUUCCCAUAUUUUCUCCAAACUUGGAAACAAAACAGAUAAAAGAGAAUUAUCAAGGAAACAAAGAGACUUUUUUGCUGAAAUUUUUUUGCUGUUAACCUUCUUUUUGGAAUUUUUCCAUCUUCCUACCAAUCAUUCAAGAUUUUUUGUCCUUGCUGUUCAGUAUCGGCAAGAUUAUUUCAAUUUACAAAUACGAGAGACACAUUCCUUUAUCAUAAUAACCCAGAAAUACUAGAAUGAAGUGGUAUUUUGAUUUUUCAGAAAUUUUUCAGUGUUGGUUUUGUUUAAUCUGACUCACCUUCCACUUCUUUCAUCAACAAAAAAAACUUACAAGUUACUCAAGUCUUGUAUCUAUUCUAGUUGCAAUUGUGAAAACCCAUAAACUCUGGAUUGAGCUUUGAGGUUUAAAUUCCUUCAUCUAUUCUCCCCUUUCCAGGGAAAGAAAAAUCAGUCACAAUUUUGUAAAUUACUAUAAUUCAUCGUGAUUAUAACACAAUAUCAAAUGAAAACGAUCAACUAAGAUUGACAAAAAAACAAUUUUUUAACUAUCUAUAUAUUUAAGUUUAAUACUUAUUAAUUUUAUCAUGGCUAUUAUUUCUUGCUUUUAUUUUAAGCUUGUUAACUUGGAAAUUAUUUUGUUGAUUAUUCAAAUAUUUGAUAAAAUGCAACAUAAAACGAUUUUCUCGUUACUAUGUAAUAUUUAAAACUCUAUUGCAUCUUUACCAGCAAUUGGCUAUAAAUGAAAACAAGAAACACCAAUUUAUCAGCUGAUUGUUUGAUUGUUUUAACUUUCUAUUGUAGUCAGGUAAUAAAAUGACGCUUAAAAUCGUUACUUUAAAUAUUCCAA